AUGACGAUGCAUUCUCUGAGUGCAAACAAUGGUUCUUCAUCCCCUACAGAAAAUGAUCGGCUUCGUCAGGACAUUCCAGAAGAACCGACACAUUUUGAGUCGAUGAACUACAAUGUGGAAAAUCCGCAGACGCGGACGAGAGCAGGUAUUUCUGAAGAAUUCAUGUCAUUGAACAGGAACUAUUCCAGCACAGCCGGAAGUCAACAGACUUCACAUGGUUUUCGACCAAGAUACCCAAAUUAUGUUCCUUACAACCAUCCAGUAUAUCAUCCGGGCAUUCCAGGUCCUGCUCAUCCACAACGGCCAUUUUAUCUUGUCGAUCCAAACCAGUUUUACUACCGGCAACAUCCUUACCAGUACCCACGUGUUCCUGUUCCAAGCUAUCAGGGACAACCACCUCUGCUUGAUUCAAUUUAUCCAUAUCCGCCACAUUUUAGAUAUGGUCCACCGUCACUGCAACCUCCCCCGCCACCACCACCGCCACCGCAACCUCCCCCGUACAGAAUGCCAGCAUCGUCCCUCUCCGUCGACCACCCAGCCAGUUCCGCUAAUGUGGCAAGACCUCUAGAAAAUACCACACAGCAUAUAGUUCACCAACUGAAGUAUCCUGACGAAAUGAAUACAAGAAGAACAAUUGAAGUCCAUGGGUGUGACUUCGGUUCAGGAAGUUUGGAUAAGUACAGGUUCUUUUUUGAAAAUGAAAGACGAGGAGGAGGAGAUAUAGAAAACUUCCAACACGACGAGGAAAACAACAUGCUUGUCAUUACAUUCAAAGACUCUGAAGUCACACAGAGGCUCGUGGAGAUGGGCAAAGUUACCAUAGCAAAUGAAGAAGCGGAAAUAAAACCUUAUACGCCCUUGCCAGUCUAUGUGGACAAAGUUCUUUUGAAGUACCCGGGUGCACACCACGAUGAGGGCUCUGAGGUCCUAUCCAUUUAUCUUGAAGCAAGGGCCAGUGUUGAGGUGAAGAGCGUUAGGAAAGGAGCAAAAGAUGAUGCGUUGUUAGUAACGUUCAACAGCCCUGUUGAUAUACCCAAACUCCAGACAGCCUGUAACCUGAAACCAUUCCAAACAAAAGCAGUCACAGUGUUCAAAGUACCUGCCACCAAGGUACUGAUAGCUGAGCAUGUCCCAGUGUCAAUUGCCCCGGAAACCAUUUCGGAUUACUUCGAAACCCGAAAAUGUGGCAAUGAUAUGCAGACGGAAGUAGUCAAAGUUGAGGGAUCAGGUCAAGAUGGAUGCUACCUUGUCCAUUUUGCUGACCACAGAGUUGUUGAACAGAUAAGCUCAAGAGUGCACACACUUGGAGAAGAAAGUAUAAAAGUCCAUCUCCAUCACAAAUGCAUAGGACGGCAGUCUCCCGAGUUCACUGACGCUACAUUAUCCCAGAUGUCAGAUGGUGUACUUGUUGAAGGUGUUCAUCAAGUUGUACCACGAUUUCUUAGGAAGUCACCCAAGGUACUGAGAAACAUUCAAGAAAAACUAUGUGGUUACGGAUUGUCACUGGAGUUGAAUGAGUCCAACCAAGUGUUCGUUGUCCGGAAAGUUGGGAGUGAGUGUGAAUCAAAAGCUGCUGGUGGAAUAGAUGUUCAGGGUUUGGCCAGGUCAGUCAUAAAUGAAUUUGUUCUUCAGUUUUCGGUUCCAAUUCCCAAAGAAUUGCGGGACAACGUUGAUACAAUGGUAAAACAGAUCAGUGUUGAUGAAACAGAGGCAAAGAUGUUCACUGACAAGCAGGUCCUAGCAAUUGUUGGUAUUCCCUCGAAAGCUAAUGAAAUCAAAGGAGACGUUGAGAAACACAUUGCCGAUAGAAUAUCCUCAAAAGGCCUGAAUAAAAUCGUAAAUGAAGAAGUGUAUUCUUUACCACCUCUUCAAGUCAAAUUUCUUCGGGAAUGUGCUUUUAAUAAGGGAAUGAAACAAUUCUCAGGUGUGAGUGUCAGGUAUGAUGGAAAUGUAAUCAAUCUGUCUGGUCCAGAGGCCUCUGUGAAAGAAGCAAAGAUUCAGUUGUAUGAACUUGCACAUGGAACGCAAACUUCAGUGAUUGAGCAUAUUUCCCCACAGCAGCUGGCUGUGCUUCAGAAAAAGGCAGUUGAGGAAAGAGUUAGGGAAGAACUGAAGAGAGAUGGAAUUGAAGCAUCAUGGCAUACAAAAGAGUCAUCACUAGAAGUAAUUUCAACAAGUGAAGAAAACGUAGGGCAAUUUACUGAAAUGCUGCUUCGUAUUGUGGUGGAAAGAAUUGUUCUCCUCGAAGGCAAAAUGCAGUUAGUCAUGCAAUCAGAAUCGUGGGCAAGCUUACAUAAAUCGUUGGUUGAUUAUUUAUCCGACACCUUCAGUAUUCACAAUGUCCAAGACAAAGGUUAUCUUCUCAUUGCUGGGUUAAAGGAUGAUGUGGAAAGUGUGUAUGCUGAAGUCACAGAGUUCCUGUCAUCCAACACAGUUAAGGAGACAUGUCUUAAGUUUCCCAGAGGAGUGCACAGAUUCCUUCUGGCCCACAACAAAGAUGCGGUGGCAACAAUUGCUAAAGAUUUGAAGGACUGUCAUGUCCGAAUAGUAUACCAGGAGAAUGGAGCGGAAUUUACCAUUAAUGGCUCAAAAGAAGGAAUAGACCAAAGCCGAAAGAAACUGACCUCCCUUGCUGAUAAAGUCCAAACCCAUAAGGAACUACUACAGAAAGCUGGCAUGGCCAGAAUGCUGAAAACAGAGAAAGGUGGAAGGAUUGUCUCUCAUGUCGAGAAGAUUGAAAGGUGUAUGAUUGAAGUUAUUAAUGGGGAGGAGAAGGAGGAGGAAGAAGAAAAACAAACAGGACAAAAUACAGCAGCCAGCCCAGAGCCAACAUCUACCAUAGUGGCUGUCUCCAACAUAGCUGGUGGAAGGAAGCUCUAUGUAAGAGAAGGAGACAUUACCACCACGAAAGUCAGUGCUAUUGUCAAUGCUGCUAACGAGAGAUUGGAUCACUGUGGAGGUCUUGCCAAAUACAUCGUUGACAAAGGUGGACAAGAAAUACAAGAGGAGUGUGACAGGCAUGUGAAUUCCUAUGGUCAGGUUCUGGAUGGAGAUGCUGUGUUGUCGGGUCCAGGAAGACUUAAAGGUAGCUGUGACUUCAUUGUGCAUGCAGUAGGGCCAAGAUGGGAAGGAGGCAAGAAGAAAGAAAAAGAACACUUGCGAGAAGCUGUCACCAGAAGUCUGGAACUUACAGACGGACGUGGGGGUAGUUCCAUUGCAGUACCUGCUUUGAGUGCUGGGAUCUUUGGAUAUCCCACAGAUGCUGCUACAAAAGUUAUAACAACUGCAGUAAGAGACUACCUUCAGAAACAUAAAUCCAGUACAAUCAAAGAUGUAUAUUUCUGCACAGAUAAACGCAACACUGUGGACAGCUUUGUAAAAUCUCUGCAAAAUGUCUUGGGGGAAUCAAAUGUACUCAUUCAACCACGAUCACAAGGCGGGGCAGGUGCUCAGAUGCAGCGUUCAUCCCGCAAAUUACCGAAAAGAGUAUCUGCACAAACAGGGAUGGAAAGUGGAUAUAAAGUAAAGUUGGUUGAAGGGGACAUUGCUCAACAAAAGGCAGAUGUUAUUGUCACCACAAGGAGCAUAGACAUGGAAUUACAACAUGAAGGGCCAGUGGCGAGGAGACUUAUUGAAGUCGGUGGACCAGAAUUACAGGCUGCCCGUGGAGACAGAAAGACAAUAAUUCUGGUCCAAUUGUUAUCACAUCUGGUUACACUGACCUGCAAAAAGGUGUAUCAUGUUUAUUUGAAGCCAUUCUCACUUCGAACACAAACGUGGUUUCGUCAGUCGCCGCCAAAGGAUGUCACAGACAUAGUGAAGGAAUGCUUAACAACUGCUGGCCGACACAACUGUUCAAGCAUCGCAAUGCCAGCACUUGGUAUAGGGAAUGCUGGAUAUCCCCCAGAUCUGGUAGCCGAAGCUAUGUUAACAACUAUAAGCGACUUCUGGGCCCAGAACCCAGGGACAUCCCUAACAGACAUAAGAGUUAUCCUGUACCCUAAGAACAGGAAGAUCAUACAGGUGUUUAAGGAUAAAGCCCAGAAAAUGGAAUCGGAUGGACAAAGAACUUCACAUUCUCGGAGGAGGGUGAUCCUUACACGUGGAUCAAUUACCAGGUUUAAGGCAGACGUUAUUGUGAAUCCAACAGACCGUAAGCUCAAUCUGACAAGAGGCAGACUAUCAAAGGCUAUAUCAGAUGCUGCGGGUCCGGCUAUAGAAACCGAAUGUCGAAGAAUAUACCAAACUGGAUUUGAAAGACUGGCAGUGACUUCAGCUGGUCUUCUACAAGCGUCUGAAAUCUACCAUGUUGUCAUACCUCCGUGGGACGCUGUGCAGGGCAGUGAGAACCUGCACAAGGCUGUUACUCUCUGUCUGGAGGAAGCGAGCAGAAAACAGCACACAAGUUUGUUGUUCCCAACGCUUGGGAUAGGAUUGUCCGGAUAUGAUAAAGACGUGUCUGCCAGGAUAAUGUUCCGAGCCACAGACGCCUUCUGGAGAUCCCAUCCUGACACCAAGCUAACUGAUGUCAAGAUUGUCAUAUAUGACAAAGACAAUGAUGUGGCAAAGGCAUUUGAAAAAGAGAGCAGAUCAUUUUACGGCAUGCCGACCUCAAUCAGGAGGGGUAGACAACUGAAAACAGACAACGUAUGCACAGAUGAACCAUAUGACGUAAGUGGAGGAGUCACAUUUGGCAACAUCCACUUCAUUCUGAAGCAUGGAGAUUUGUUACAAGAAAAAGUGGACUGUAUCAUAAAUAGUGUGGAUUCACAGUUCAAUCUUCAGAAAGGAAUAAUUAACCAGGCUCUCUUGCGAAAGUUUCCAGGCGUGGGAACCGAUAACCGAACACAAAAGGAAAAAGAUGUCCGUUCAAAAGGUUUAACAGUGUCACAAGUAGCAGGAGCGACAUUCAACACUGUUAUCCACUUUGAGGGAUUUCACUUCGAACAUGACGUUAAAAAAAUACUGAAAACCUGCAUCAAACAGGCAGAUAAACUGUGCUGUUCAUCUGUGGCUCUGCCAGCCCUUGGACAAGGGCCUCGCGGGGGAGUUCCUGAACAUCUGCUGAUGGACUAUCUGUAUGAUGCUCUGCAAGACAUGUCGAACUUGAAGUAUGUCACAGAAGUGCGACUCGUUCUUUACGAAGCAGACAGGUAUGACCGAUUCAAAGAAUUUCUGACAUCUCUGCUGAACAGACGAGGGAUAGCUAAGAAGCCUUUCUUUGGUGACAGGAAUAAAGGCCAGGGAGGCGCGAGGCCUAAAACGCAACCCGGAUACCCUCAAGCUGGACCCCGACUCCACCAUGUCCAGGAACACAUUCAUCCUGAUGGGGUCGUAGUGAAAUUCUUCUCCGACAACCGUGAAUGUAUUCAUUCUGCAAAGGAGAAACUUGUAAAUGCUUGUAGUGAAGAGUUCGAUGACCAGCUUGUUCAGCAUGACACAGUCAAGACCUUGGAUGAAGAAAAAAUCUGCAGGCUACAAGUCAUUGCGAAGCAGCGUGGAGUGUCCAUAGAUAUCAAUACACGCAUUGGUAGAAUUAGAUUACAGGGUCUAAAGGACGACGUUGCUGCAACCCGAACAUCUGUGUACGAAAUCUGUCUGGAGCAAAAGGAUGAUGAGCAUGCAGAAGCUGUCGGAGCCUGUGUGCAGUGGUUCUACAUGGACGUCUUGGACAAUGGGGACGAGGAGCUGGUGGAAUACGACCAGAAUACAAACAAACUCAUUGAGAAAAGAUUUAGAGGCAGCGAAGAAACCUAUGAACUUGAAGAUAUAGAAGGGAUGAAAUACAUAAUAGACUUUAAGGACAUGGUGGAAUACAGAGACGAUGACAUGAGCACAAAGGUCACCGUUGUCAGAAAGGAUCUCAUCCAAGCUGCGGAGUUCGACCCUCCACACAAUUGGGAGCCUAUGGGUGCCAGUGAGAAUCUAAAGGUCUGCAGGAUAGGACACGACAGUGCGGAAUACCGAAAUAUAGCUGGGUCAUUUUCCAGCUCAAAGAGAACGAUAAUAAAAAUCGAGCGUGUCCAGAACAAGUCUCUGUAUAAGCAGUACAUGGCCAAGAAAGAGGAGUUCAAUAAGAGACAAUCCGCGACAAAGCAGGAAAGACAACUCUGGCACGGAACAGCUACAGAAGCCAUACCUUCCAUCAACAGUUACGGCUUCAACAGGAGCUACUGUGGCAAAAAUGCUGUUGCCUAUGGCAACGGGGUCUACUUUGCCGUCGACGUCAACUACUCAACACAGGACAAAUACUCGCCCGACCCUCUCGGCAACAAGUAUGUAUACCUUGUGGACGUUUUGACAGGGACGUACACUCUGGGCAAGUCUGGGAUGAGGGUUCCUCCUCCGUUAGAUCCGGCCACUCCAGCAGUUCUCUAUGAUUCUGUUGUGGAAAACACCCAACAACCAGGAAUGUUUGUCAUUUUUAAUGACACACAAGCAUAUCCAAAGUACCUAAUCACAUAUAAGUCAGGUUCGUGAAAAUAAUAGAGAACAAAGUUCAACUAUUAUUUGACAUUGUUUUCGGAUUUUAUGUGUAUUCUGAAAUGUUUGAAGUAUUUGAAUGUGUAACAUGUUCCCCUCAUCACAAAAAACUAGGCAAUCCAGUGCAAGCAAUACACCUAUAUAUGCAUGGUUUUCUGUUAUGUUGUAGCAAUGAAAUAUGCUAGAAGUAUUACACAGAGUAGUAUGAUCGAA